GCCGACUGUUCUACACUCUCUCCGCAGAAGCAAGGCAACGUCGCAGAUCGACGGUCACAUGUUACCGCGUGGUGCGAGGGCUCUCGAUUGGUCUACGGUUGCGGCAACGUGGCGCGGCGACGCGUCCUGAAGGAUAUUUUGGCGCGGAAAAGCGAGUACACGCGGAUUUCGGUUUUUCUUUUUGGAAGCGUGCCAAAAGUGCGCGGAUGAUCCGAUGGUUUCGAUUUGACCGCGUAUAGGGGGAUCAAGUAAUGGUCCAUUGUGGUCUUAUUGUCGGACCGUCUUGAGUAUACUUAACCCUGGGUUAAAUAGAUCGAUAAACAGUUCAAUUGAGCGCGCGGCGACAGUGGCGUGCGGACUUUUCGCGGGGCAACACGGCGGGCUACUUCAGGGACUGGUACGUCUCGCCGUUUCAGAACAGUUUCGGGAACUCAGACGAGUCAGGAUGCGAGGCUGAUAUGGCUGAGGGCAGCGUGGAAGACGAAAGCGGAGAAAUGUUGGGUCCCUCGGGAGCACCCGCGUUGCAGGGCAUGCACACCCCCGCCCCCACCGAUCUCAGUGUCAAGGACGAGGAAAGCGACAGCGAAAGCAGUACCGGAUCACCCGAACCUGCCGAGGAUGCUGGCAGUUGUACUGACCUCUCGAUCAGCGUCGGCCGACCUCUUCCGCCUGCGCAGGUCCGGCCUCACGACGAAUUCUCGACGUCGGACAACAAAAUGUCGUCACCUGGGCCUCCCCACCCUGCAUCUCACCUCAACGGAACAAUGGCGAGCCUCGUGACUCUCCAGAACCUCCAAAAUCUCGCUAAUCUCCAGCAGAACUUACCGCAGGUGGCUUCGUUGGCUGCGAAUCUGUCGACGAUGGCCAGCUUAUCGGGUACCACCUCACUCAACAACUCAACCAUGGCCAACGCACCACUCAAUUUGAGUAUAAGUGCCACUUCAGUAACGACGCCUCGAAGCAGUCAACCAGGGGCACCAGAAGCUCCGCCGAGUGGCAUCGCGCCCCUAAACCCUCAGCCGCCCCCAGCGCCGACGUUGCCGACGUCGAAUCCCUUAAUGAGCCCACCGCAACAACCGGCACCCAUGCCUCAAUUCAUUUUAGCCUCCGGACAGCUGGUCCAGGGGAUCCAAGGGGCCCAAUUGCUCAUACCCACCUCUCAAGGUUUGGCCACGCAAACGAUCCUGACGAUCCCGGUCAAUCACGUCAACAGUUCCGACCAGAUGGUCAAUCUAGCUUUAAACAACGGGCAAGUGAUGCAGACAUCGUUGGCCAAUCUACAAGCGAUUGCCCAGAGCAACUUGCUUGCCAACACGGCCAAUAACGCAGUUCCAACCACGAACGGAACGAUCAACCCGAGCCUCCUCAACCCCACCACCCUGUCGCACCUACUCUCGACUAGCAGUCCCGCUCAGCAGCUACUACAAACGCUCCCGCAGUUAAUCACGAACCCUCACGCGUCCGCCGCAGCUCAACCUCAACCUCCCCUACUCAAUAGCCUCGCUCAACCCCUCCUAUCGACUCCUCCCACGAUGCUACCUACACCAGCGGCUCAAAGCACUGCGCCGCGACCUCCCCUAAGCAACAACCAUUUCGGAGAGACCAAACACCACCCGGCCCAGUCCAUUUCGAGGAACUCGUCCCCCACGAUGGGCAACGUGCCCAAUCGGAUCGGGUCGAGUAACGGGGACCUCAGUAUACCCUCCAGCAUGGGCCUGAGUUCCGGUCAGAGUGUCAAGAGGUCGCCCAGUUCGUUAUCGCCCGGGUGCAAUGACACUUCAACCGCUGACCUGCUGAUCGAUUCACCCAAUCAACCGACCAUCAACCAGACGAGCAGCAACGUCGUAGACGGCAUCAACUUGGACGAGAUCAAAGAUUUCGCGAAAGCCUUCAAGCUGCGCAGACUCUCUUUGGGUUUGACGCAGACCCAAGUGGGUCAAGCGCUCAGCGUGACCGAGGGACCGGCGUACAGCCAAAGCGCCAUCUGCAGUGCCCUGGCGUCCCAGAUGGUGGCAGCUGCCCAACAGCAAGCAAUGUUUGAAAAAUUGGACAUCACGCCGAAGAGCGCGCAGAAAAUCAAGCCGGUGCUCGAAAGAUGGAUGAAAGAGGCGGAAGAAAGUUUUUGCGAUUACAGGUACAAGAGCGGCCAGAACCACCUGACGGAUUUUAUCGGGAUCGAGCCUUCUAAAAAGCGAAAACGGAGGACGUCGUUCACGCCCCAGGCUCUGGAGCUGCUCAACGCGCAUUUCGAAAGGAACACCCACCCCUCAGGCACCGAAAUAACGGGACUCGCCCACCAAUUGGGAUACGAACGCGAAGUCAUCAGAAUAUGGUUCUGUAACAAACGGCAAGCUUUGAAGAACACCGUGAGGAUGAUGUCCAAGGGCAUGGUCUAAAAAUCUGUGAUUUAUUCGUAUAUAAUAAUAUAUAAAACUUACUUUAAACAAAUUUGUACAUAGAGAGAGGACAAACUAUAUCGAUAACAAUCAAUUUUAAUACUUUGUACAUUUGUAAAGUUAGACGGUUAGGAUUAGGGUAGGUUUUUUUCAGGAGUCUGUCGUCUAUUCGAGGUCUUUUUCGAGGUUAAGUCAAGUUUACGAACAUAUCUAUCUCGGUGAGAAACUAUGGUUUACGGGUUUCACAGUAUAAACCAAUGUAGACAGGUUAUACCUCAUAUAUUUCCCUAAAUACAUAUGUACCAAACAGUACUUAACUGUUUUUACGAGUUUAUAAUACCUUCUCAGAACAUAACCUCAAUGUCGGUAAUAUUUUUUAGUUAUUUUCGCGUUUUUUUAUUCAAAAUAAAUGUUGAAAGAUGCUCCCAAGA